AAAGUUAAAAAAUUUUUUUUUCUAAAAUCAUAUCAAAUAUUUAAUAUAAAAGCAAAUAUAAAAGUGAUUCAUUAUUAUAGUACCUUUUGGUGAAUUUAACACUGUGUAUUCAACAAUGGGUCCUAUAUUUGCUUUUGUUCUUAGUAUCAUUGCUUUGAGUAGUGCAACCGCAUCACAAAAUUAUUUUUUUACAAAUGGAAAAGAAAUAGUUUUUAAAUAUGAGUCACAUGUUACCGUACAAACAGACCAACCAGCAUCAUACGCUUCAUUAUAUGAACUUCAAGCUAAAGUCCAUGUCCAAAAGAAUGAAGAAGACACAUUAAUGGUUCGUUUGGAUAAUAUCGUUUUUGAUCUUGAAAAUGGUCCAAUGCAAGAAAGUGUCACUAACCAUGUUUACGUCACAAUUCCAAAAGAAGCUGAAGCACUUUCCCUACCAUUCGCAAUUAAAUAUGACAGUAACAAACUUGUAACCGCUGUGAUGGUUGAUUCAAAUGACCAAGAAUGGUCCUACAAUAUUAAAAAGUCAAUUGCAUCAAUUUUCCAGUUUAACACUGAAGUUUUAUCAACCUUUGAUCGAAAAGAAAGUCACGUUGAAUAUUCAAGAGAACAAACCAUUUAUGGUUUAUGCAACGUUACAUACGAUGUGCUACCACGAAACGAUCAUAUUAUGGUUAUUAAGACAGCCGACCCAAGGCAAUGUGGAGACAAUUACAAUUUAAAAAGAAACGCGAACUUGUUGGAUGUUGACUCUAACCGGAUUUAUAAAAUAAACCAAAAGGACAAGAACGCUCGCAUAGAAAUGAUUGAAGCACGAGGUGAUAUUGUUAUUGCAAAAUUUAGAGCAACCAGUGAAAUGAAAUCACUUAAAGUACAUCAACGAUUUACGUUUGUUGAAGAAGUUGCUGUCACAAAUCCAUUUAUAAUUAGCAAUCAAUUGGUAUUACGUUCAUUAAAAUACGAAGAUCCGCUCUCAAAAUGCCGAGAUGGACCAAUUUUGACUGAUGUUGACAUCACUGGUGGCCGAGCAAAAUAUAAUAAUGAUAUUUUAAUACCAAAAAUUCAUGCUUGGUUAGAUCAAUUAGCAAAUGUGUUACAGGAAAAUCAUCUAACGUUAACUAAACCCGACUCAAAAUUAAUGCACCUUUUACAAAAUUUAUACGAUAAAUUAGAAAACUUUGAUUUAACAACAUUAGAACAUAUUUCCGCUUUAUUACAAGAAAAAUCGCAGGUUUCAUUUAAAUUAUUCGUUCAAUUAUUACCUCAUGUUGGAACACGAUCUUCAGCUUUGCUACUCCGAAAUUUAAUUCGUAAAAAGAAGAUUGAUGAUUCAAUGGCUGUGUUAGUACUUCGUGAUUUACCAGCUCACGUACGCUGUCCAAACGAAAAGUUAUUAACCGAACUUGAAGAUAUGCUUGGACUUGAUACGGAGGGUAGUCGUGUUCAUGUAGCUAGUGUACUUGCUUAUGCUACAUUAAUCAAACGCACAUACUUAGGAGUUGAAGAAAAUUCAACGGUACUUGACAAAUAUGAGAUAUUGUUUUUGAAAAAAGUACUACUUUCUCAAGAUUAUAACAUAAGAGUACUUUAUUUACAUGCGCUAGGCAAUAUUGGAAUGGAAUCGGUAAUUCAUAUUUUAGCUCCAAUUCUAACCGGUGAAUUGCCGCUUCAUGGCAAUUUACGUUCUUUAGCGUUAUGGGCAGUAGCUCCAUUAUUCCAAAAGAAUCCCAGUUUAAUGAUUAAAUAUAUCUGGCCAAUUCUCAGUGACCGUAAGUUAGAUAUUGGUUUACGAACAAUUGCGUAUGAUAUCUAUGUACGAACUGAAAAGCCAACAUUAAAUCGAUUCAUGCAGCUUUACUGGUUAAUGCGAGUUGAAAAUAAUGAGCGUUUCUACAAUUUCCAUUACAAUACAUUGGUAACAAUGACCCAUCUUCAAUAUGUUUUAAAUAAUGAAAAACAAAUUAUUGAAAUAGCGCGUGCCAUUUUACGAAUGAGUCGUCAUCCAAUAGUCGCAUAUGAAAAUGAAGGAAUAUUUGUAAAAGACUUCAUUGAUAAGGAAUCUGGACUUGGUGGAAAAAUUGAUACUAUGUAUUCGUUUGGAAAUGAUGUCACCAUUCGUUCAAGAACAAUGUCACGUGUUUAUGGUUUUGAUGUAGAAAUGUUUUCCUUCCAUUUUGGUGUUGUUACACCAACGAAUAAUGAUAUUAAAUCCAAAGAAUCCGCUCCAAAAUAUGUUGAGCUCAUAGUAAGACGCGAAGGCAGAGUUGUUAUGAUUUACGUGGAGGACACACUAACUCCACGUAGAUUCUUCGAUAUUAUUAAAGAUUUAGGAGUUAACAUUGAUACAAAUGAACAUAAUCAAAUUCUUGAAAUUCCAUAUUUAUACGAACGAAUUAUGCCAACCGAUUUCGGAGUACCAAUUCGAAUGCCUGAAUUACUGUCACACAUCUACACCAUUUAUGGCAAAAUUGACAAUACAGAAAAUAAAAAUAUGAAAUUUGAUUUUAAAAUAAAGACAAUGACUUUACACAACACCGCAUUUCAAGUAUAUAAUCCAAUCAACGAUUUAUGGCAUGGAAUUGAAGAAAUUUCGCAUAUGAAUUUCCAAUUAGGAUUCACUAUUUUUGCUUCACAAAAAGACGAUGGUGUAUACCAAAUUAAAAUUAAAACAUUAAGUAAAGAUGCUGGUAAUGGAUUACAAGUGCAUACUGAAACUGUUGCUUUUAUCAAAGGCGAAAAUGCGCAAGAAUUACUUAAACAAUCCCAUAAAGAAAGCUUAGUUCGAAGAUCAAUAAUCCGUGGAGAAGACUAUAUUACCGAUACUGUAGUCUACGAUACAGAAUGUAAUACACUUGGACAACAUGUUCAAGUGAAAAUAUUUGAUUGUGAUCGUGAUUUAUCAUCUGGUGGCCUAAUUACACGUCUGCAAGAAAUCAAUACUGAUGAAAAUAAUGAUGGUUUUAUGACUUUAGAAUUAUUAAAUUUGUAUUUGUCAACAUUAUUCCCAACUGGUAAUGGACGUUGCGGCUAUGGUGUCAUUCUUACACCUUUAGAGACUUUCGAUCAUAUGGAAUUCGAUGUAACUAUGUUUACAAAAGGAGAAGUGUCUAAACCAAAAGACUACAUGCUUGGAUUUGUAGCAGAAUCAAUUACCAUUGAAAUGGAUAUGCAAGGUACUACAAAAUCGGUUCAAAACACUAAUCUUGCUACAUAUCAUUCGCAUCUUAAUGUAAGCACUACUGAGCUACAACGAAUUGGUGAAAUCAAAUGGUGGAUCGUUCACAAAGAUCAAGUUAACAAGGAACGUAAGCUUGAUAUUGACUUACGUUAUCAAAUGAAAGAAGAUCAUUUAGAUUCCAAAUUAAUUUUAUCACUGGGUGAAGUUGACAAAUUAGGAGUAAUUACCUUUGACAUUAAAGGUACUCGUAGCGAAGAACAACAACGUAUAUUGAAAGAACGUAAAAUAACUUAUAACGAAUGCCGACCAGAAAUGGUUGCAGGAAAGUUCUUAGCUCCUGUUCCACUUGAAUGUGCAAUUGCGCAUUCAAAUUUAAACCGAUAUGCGAUCCAUGUUGCUGUCAAUGAUGUCCAAAACAGAAUGGUAAAAAUGAUUUUAUCUCAUUUUAAUGCUUUACGUCAUCGAUAUUUCAUGUACGUGAAAAGAACUACUAAAGAUGAAACAAAUGAUGUAAUGCCAAUGCACCUAUAUAUAGAUUAUCCCAUAUUCCGAAAGGAAUGGGAUAUAACAGUUGAUACACCAAGUUACAAUGAAAUUUACUUGGGAAUACCACGAAACGAAUGGAUAGACUGGGAUUUGGAUGAUAAUUCAUUGCCUAAUAUUUUCUUUACUCUUUCUAACUGGGAUGGAAUUGAUCGUGUUACCUCGAUGGCGCAAUGUGUUAUUUCUAAAGAAUAUGUUUUAACGUUAAAUGGUAAUGCUCAUAAAUAUGGAAUAACAAACGACUGGUCAAAAUGGUCUUUAUAUCUUAAAGCAAGUACAGCAGAGGAAGGUGAAGUUUAUAGUUUUUUCGUUAAAAACGUAAAUGGUAAUCGACCUUUGGCAAUGCAAAUAAAAAUGGGAAAAGAUGUCAUUGAAAUCAUACCAGAAGGGCAUGAAUUCGUUAUCAAAGUAAAUAAUAAUGUGGUUACGCCAAUUGUUGGAAAAUACACAGAAGAACCAAUCUGGAGUUAUUUAAUGGUUGAAUCACCAAAAAUGAUCAUGUUCUCUACAAGAUUGUAUGGACUCCAUGUAAUUUACGACGGUAGAACAAUACGUUCAAUGCUUCAUCCAGGACUAAUACAAAAUUUUGACGGACAUUGUGCAGAAGCUGGGUUAGAACAGGACUUUAGCAUAAGCACUGCAAGCUUUGUUACUGCUAUGUCUAUGUUUGGAUUAUAACUUUAA